AAACUAGCCUAAUCUUUUUGCAAUGGUAAGCCCAAUUCUGGGCCCAUUAUCAAUACCACAUCGUCUCCUUCGCCGCGCAAUGUUACGUGUCAAAUCUUCUUAGAGUUACGAUCUGAAUCCGAUCGCUGCUGUAGAAUCAGUUUCGUGCUCCGCAGAUUCUCGAGCUUCCUCUCUCUCUCUCUCUCUCACUUGAGAUCUUCCCGAGCUCCAGAAGAAGGGAUCGGAGAAAGAGAGUUUCUUUAUACGUUUCUCGAUCUGAAUCAUAAUAAAAGAUCUCUUCUUGCAGAAAGAGACGAAAGGUCUUUGCAGAAGUUGCCAGUUUUGAAUUUGAAGUUAAAACUACCGAUUCUUUGAUGAGGUCUAGGUAGAAUCUAGGAUUGUAAUUGAUCUGCUCCCUUUGCUUUGAGUGUUUGCCUAUACCUUCAUCCAACAGUUAAGCAAUAAUGAAUACGGAGAAUCGGAAUUUUCCAGCUAGGCCUCCUCCUCCUCCGUUCUCCUCCUCUCCUUUCGCAUCUGCUCCGCCGCCAGGUGUUGUUCCACCUCAAUCCGGUGGACCAGAGGCGGUUGGCUUUAGACCACCUACAAGGCCUUUCACACCUUCUGGUCCUCCUAUGGCUCCACCAGCGGGUGUGAUGAGGCCUGCAGGCCAACCUCCUUUGGUUUCUCAGCUUCCAGGGAGUAGACCUCCACCGCCAUCAGCUUAUGGUCCUCCCGGUGGUGGUGGUUCUUUUCAGCGGUUUCCAACCCCUCCUCCUAGUGGUGUACCACCACCACCUCAAACUCUUGCAGGUCACUUAUCGCCUCCAAUGUCUUUUCGCCCACAGCAACCAAUGGCUUCUGUUACAAUGGGACCUCCUCCACAGAGUAUGACUUCUGGAAUACCUGGAGGGUUUGCUUCUCCCUCUGGUCCUGGUUUUCAACAGUCCAUGCCUGGUGGUCCACAGCCAUCUUAUCCUGGUUAUCCCAGUAAUCAAGUCUUACAGGGUCCCCCAAAGCCGUUCCAGUCUCCAUCUCAGGGUCCUCCGUCUGCAGUCUCAUCGUAUCCUCCACAGACAGGAGGUUUUGCUCAGCACCCAGGACAGCAGAAUAUGCAUCCAAGCUAUGCUCCUCCUCCUACCAGUAACGUUCAAGGCUUGGUUGAAGAUUUCAAUUCGCUGUCCCUUUCAAAUAUUCCGGGGUCGCUUGAGCCAGGACUUGAUCAUACCUCGUUCCCAAGGCCAUUGGAUGGUGACGUGGAGCCGAGUUCGUUUGCUGAAGCGUACCCUAUGAAUUGCCAUUCUAGAUAUCUGCGGCUGACAACUAAUGCGAUUCCAAAUUCACAGUCUCUGGCGUCGAGGUGGCAUUUGCCUCUAGGAGCUGUUGUUUGUCCACUUGCUGAGGCUCCUGAAGGGGAGGAAGUGCCACUAAUUGAUUUUGGUUCAAGUGGCAUCAUCCGCUGCAGAAGAUGCCGUACCUAUGUGAAUCCUUAUGUUACUUUCACAGAUUCUGGAAGAAAGUGGCGGUGUAAUAUUUGUUCUAUGCUUAAUGAUGUGCCUGGUGAAUACUUCUCACAUUUGGAUGCUACUGGCCGAAGAAUGGACUUGGAUCAAAGGCUUGAGCUGACAAAGGGCAGUGUUGAAAUUAUUGCUCCAACAGAAUACAUGGUUCGGCCUCCGAUGCCACCAAUUUACUUCUUCCUCAUUGAUGUAUCAUUUUCUGCUACUAAAAGUGGGAUGCUUGAGGUUGCUACUCAAACGAUUAAGUCUUGUUUGGAUAACCUGCCUGGUUAUCCCAGAACUCAAAUUGGAUUUAUUACUUACGACAGCACUUUACAUUUUUACAACAUGAAGUCAUCUUUGAGUCAGCCGCAAAUGAUGGUCGUUUCUGAUUUAGAUGAUAUAUUUGUCCCAUUACCGGAUGAUCUCCUUGUCAAUCUGUCUGAGUCUAGAAAUGUAGUGGAAGCCUUUUUGGACAGUCUGCCUCUGAUGUUUCAAAAUAAUGUCAAUGUGGAAUCCGCUUUUGGUCCAGCCCUCAAAGCGGCGUACAUGGUUAUGAACCAACUUGGUGGCAAGUUGCUAAUUUUCCAGAACUCGUUACCUUCUCUUGGUGUUGGGCGGUUAAAGUUGCGCGGAGAUGAUCCUCGUGUCUAUGGAACUGACAAAGAAUAUACUUUAAGAGUAGCUGAAGACACCUUCUAUAAGCAAAUGGCUGCCGAUUGUACCAAGUUCCAGAUAGGAAUUAAUGUUUAUGCGUUCAGUGAUAAGUACACUGAUAUUGCCUCCUUAGGGACACUGGCAAAAUACACCGGAGGACAGGUGUACUACUAUCCAGGCUUCCAAUCGUCUAUUCAUGGAGAUAAGUUAAGACACGAACUUGCUAGAGACCUUACAAGGGAAACUGCGUGGGAAUCCGUUAUGCGAAUAAGAUGUGGAAAAGGAAUUCGUUUCUCGUCCUACCAUGGGAACUUCAUGCUAAGGUCUACAGACCUGCUUGCUCUACCAGCUGUUGACUGUGACAAAGCAUAUGCAAUGCAGCUAACUCUGGAAGAGACAUUGCUUACAACCCAGACGGUCUAUUUCCAAGUCGCUUUACUAUACACUGCUUCUUGCGGAGAGAGGCGUAUAAGGGUACACACAGCUGUUGCACCAGUGGUUACAGAUCUUGGAGAGAUGUAUAGACAAGCAGACACCGGUUCCAUUGUCUCUGUAUAUUCUAGAUUAGCAAUUGAGAAAACUUUAUCCUCAAAAUUGGAUGAUGCACGGAAUGUCAUACAGCAAAAGAUUGUUAAAGCUCUCAGAGAGUAUCGUAAUCUUAACGCGGUGCAGCAUCGGUUGGGGUCUAGAUUAAUAUACCCAGAGUCUUUGAAGUUCUUGCCACUGUACGGAUUGGCAAUUGGUAAGUCCACUCCUCUUCAAGGUGGACCUGCUGACGCUUCACUUGACGAGCGCUGUGCGGCGGGCUUCACCAUGAUGGCUCUGCCUGUCAAAAAGCUACUGAAGCUGUUAUAUCCCAGUUUAUUCCGUGUUGAUGAGUGGCUCUUAAAGCCAUUAGCAGACCUUGAUGACCUUAAGGACGUAGUAAGGAGAUUGCCUCUGGCUGCAGAGAGUUUAGAUUCUAGAGGCCUUUACAUUUAUGAUGAUGGCUUUCGAUUGGUUUUGUGGUUUGGCCGAAUGCUUUCACCUGACAUUGCUAAAAAUCUUCUUGGAGCUGACUUUGCAGCAGAGCUCUCAAGGGUUACACUGCAAGAGCAAGAGAAUGGGAUGUCGAAGAAGCUAAUGAGGCUGAUAAAGAAAGUGAGGGAGAAUGAUCCGUCAUAUCAUCCCAUGUGUUUCCUAGUGAGGCAAGGAGAACAACCACGAGAAGGCUUCCUUCUCCUCCGACAUCUCAUUGAAGACCAGAUGGGCGGUUCGACUAGCUAUGUUGAUUGGGUUCUGCAACUUCACCGCCAAAUCCAACAAAAUGCGUAAUAGUUCACAAUGACAACUUGGGUGACAAAAUACGCCUCUCUGGACCAUUAAAGAACUCAUGAGCUCAACAUCUUCUUCUUAAGCAGUUUAUUGAGCUCAACAGGCAGAAGUUUCAGGAUCAUUGCGGUCUCUGCUUCUUGGGCAUAAUGUGUUGUUUUGGAAAAUUACAGAAGCAUACUUCCCUUUGAAUUUUCUUCAUUUGUUUUUUAUAGAACUUUUCUCAAGUGCUGGCUUUGAUUCGCCUUAUAACCAGAAUGUUUGUCAUAAAGAUUAGACAUUUUUUUUGUUUUUUCUUCUGUGGCCAUAUUUUUUCGCUUUUCAAAAUUUCUUGUGCGUCUGUACCAGAUUUGUUUUGGGAGUUAACAGUCUGUCUUAAUCAUGGCUAUUAACAAUAGUAUUGUCUUGAUGAA